CGUCCGCUCAGCAACGACCUGACCCGUGUUCCAUUAUAUUUGCCUCUUUUAAACAAUACCGGAUUUGAAUGGUUCCUCAGACCUGCCUUUCACCCGCUCUUCCUUCGACUCCCAGUAGCGUCGCUCACUGGCAAAGAUGUGGUCGUCUUUUUCACUGGCUUCGCUGUUGUUCGCUUCUCCCGUCCUCGCUGGUGUCCAAGAAAUUUGGUGGAAUAUAACAUAUGUCGAGGAUGCCAAUCCAGAUGGCCUGUUCAGCCGCCGAGUCGUAGGCAUCAACAAUACUUGGCCCAUACCGGUGAUCGAUAUUUCGGCCAACGAUUCACUUAUAGUUCAUACCACAAAUUCGCUAGAUGAAAGGUCGACUCUUCAUCACCAUGGCAUGUUCUUCAACUCCACAUCUUGGAUGGAUGGCGCCUUACUGGUUUCCGAAUGCGGUAUUCCCCCCGGCGGACAAUUUGACUACGUCGUUCCCAUCAACUCUUCCGGUCAAUGGGGUACAUAUUGGGUACACGGUCAUGCAAAGGGACAUUAUGUCGACGGUCUGCGUGGGCCCGUCGUUAUUCAUCCUUCGGAAGAAGUCUAUUCAUAUGACGAGGAAUACACCAUCAGUGUCGCUGAUUGGUACCACCAACAGCAUAGUGUCCUCUUAGAAGAGUUCAUCAAUAUCGCCAACCCUGGUGGGGCCGAACCUGUACCCCAAUCUGGCUUGAUCUACUUUGCCCAAAAUGGCUCCUAUCUUGGACCCAUUUCAGGGACUUCCCCUACUGGAGCAACCUCAGCAGUCGGGUUCAAUGAUAAUGCCACUCUUCCCUUCGAAGCGGGGAAGACCUACCGUCUGAGGCUCCUGAACACGGGCGCUUUCUCGAUGUUCUACUUCUGGAUUGAUGGACAUGAUAUGCGCAUUAUCGAGGUCGAUGGGACUGACAUCGAGGAGUAUGCCGUUGAUGUACUCAGUAUUAGUGUUGCUCAACGGUACUCUAUUCUCGUGACGGCUCGUAAUGAUACCAACGCUAGCAACUGGGUUAUACACGCGAACAUGGACACCACCAUGUUCGAUAAAGUUCCAGCCACGUUGAACCCCAAUCUGACUUCGUCCAUCACGUAUUCUUCGUCCUCGUCCAUCACCGAUCUUGGCGCUAUUGAUGAAUACAUCGACCUUAAUGAUACAGUUCUAGUCCCUGUCGAAGUCGUCGCAGCUCCCACGUCCAACGUAACGAUAGAUUUGGAAGUCACUUUCGACACCAUGGACGAUGGAACGAAUCGCGCCAUGUUCAACGAGAUCACGUACAAUUCGCCCGAUGUACCUGCAAUAUUCAGCGAACUUAGUUUGGGAAGCAACGCUACUACCGAGACUGCGUAUACACCUCUCAGUUUCGUCGUCGAUUAUGGAGACGUUGUCGACAUCGUGAUCAAGAAUGGAGACACAGGGAAGCAUCCGUUCCAUUUGCACGGGCACAAAUCCAUGAUCGUUGGCCGUGCUGAGGACUACACAUCCGACGACCCCACUCUAAACCCGCCUCUUGUUGAAGACCAACCGAACCCCAUGCGCCGGGAUACGGUCCAAAUUCCUGGGGGCGGUUCUAUAACUCUCCGUGUGGUCGCGGAUAAUCCCGGAACAUGGUUCCUCCAUUGUCAUAUCGAAUGGCAUCUCCAAGCCGGUCUCGCCAUGACACUGAUCGAGGCCCCGCUCGUCGCUCAGCAGCGCAACACCGUCCCCCAAGCAAUGUACGACAACUGCAUUGCCUUGGACACGCCCUACUCUGGGAAUGCCGCAGGGCAUGCUUCGGCGACUGAUCUUAGCGGUUUAUCCUUGGGACCGUACCCGCAGAAGCUCGGCUGGCAUGCAAAAGGUAUUGGUGCAAUGGCUGGCUGUGUUCUGACCGCGCUUAUUGGUAUGCUUACGGUUGUGUGGUAUUCCACGGGCGGGCAUAUUUCGGAAGAGGAGAUCGAGCACGAGCUUAGGGAGAGCAUUGAGGCGAAAGCGCAGCGAGGAAAAUUCUUUGGACUGCUGCGACCCAAGCAGGUUGGUAAUUGAUUUAUUUAAAUGACCUUAUAUGUAUUCUUCAUGUAUGAAUGAAAAUGAACUUACAGGGC